CUGAGUUUUGUUGCUUUCCUCCCACCUCCUUUAGACCCCCCAUCUUCCCCUGUGCCAGAAUAUGUGUUCAAGCCACCAUCACGACCUGACUUUGGCACCAUGGGCAGGACAAUCAAACUCCAGGCCAACUUUUUUGAGAUGGAAAUUCCCAAAUUGGAGGUCUAUCACUAUGACAUCGACAUCAAGCCUGAGAAAUGUCCCAGGAGGGUCAAUCGUGAAAUUGUAGAGCACAUGGUCCAGCACUUUAAAACUCAGAUCUUUGGUGAUCGAAAGCCAGUGUACGAUGGAAGAAAGAACCUUUACACGGCCAUGCCCUUGCCCAUAGGCAGAGACAAGGUGGAGCUUGAAGUUACAAUCCCAGGUGAAGGCAAAGACCGCAGCUUCAAAGUAUCCAUCAAAUGGGUUUCCUGCGUUAGCCUGCAGGCUCUACACGAGGCACUAUCAGGACGGCUACCCAGUGUUCCCUUUGAGACUAUUCAAGCAUUGGAUGUGGUCAUGAGGCAUUUGCCUUCUAUGAGGUAUACCCCAGUUGGACGCUCUUUCUUUACUCCUUCAGAGGGAUGCUCAAACCCACUGGGUGGUGGGAGAGAGGUGUGGUUUGGUUUCCACCAGUCCGUUCGGCCUUCACUUUGGAAAAUGAUGCUCAACAUUGAUGUUUCAGCCACUGCUUUCUACAAAGCUCAGCCUGUAAUCGAGUUCAUGUGUGAGGUUUUGGAUUUCAAAAGCAUCGAAGAACAACAGAAGCCUUUAACAGACUCUCAGCGAGUGAAAUUUACUAAAGAAAUCAAAGGUCUGAAGGUAGAAAUUACUCACUGUGGGCAGAUGAAGAGGAAGUACAGAGUUUGCAAUGUGACCAGGAGACCAGCCAGCCAUCAAACGUUCCCUUUGCAACAGGAGAAUGGCCAAACUAUUGAAUGCACAGUAGCACAGUACUUUAAAGACAAGUACAAGCUCAUCCUGCGAUACCCCCACCUGCCAUGUUUACAGGUGGGACAGGAGCAAAAGCACACCUACCUCCCCCUAGAGGUGUGUAACAUAGUGGCAGGACAGCGCUGCAUAAAAAAGCUGACCGACAAUCAGACCUCCACUAUGAUCCGUGCUACAGCUCGAUCAGCACCAGACCGUCAGGAUGAGAUCAGUAAACUGAUGAGAAGUGCCAACUUCAACACUGACCCUUACGUUCGUGAAUUUGGAGUGAUGGUCAGGGAUGAAAUGACAGAAGUGAAUGGCCGCGUCCUCCAAGCACCUUCGAUACUUUACGGCGGCAGGAACAAAGCAAUAGCCACACCCAUCCAGGGAGUUUGGGACAUGAGGAACAAGCAGUUCCACACUGGCAUUGAAAUCAAAGUGUGGGCCAUCGCUUGUUUUGCCCCUCAGAGACAGUGCACUGAACUCCUGCUCAAAGCUUUCACAGAUCAGUUGAGGAAGAUAUCACGCGAUGCAGGAAUGCCCAUCCAAGGUCAGCCUUGCUUCUGUAAAUACGCCCAGGGAGCAGACAGCGUCGAGCCAAUGUUCAGGCAUCUCAAGUACACCUACCAGGGCCUCCAACUGGUGGUGGUCAUCCUACCGGGGAAGACUCCUGUUUAUGCUGAAGUAAAACGUGUCGGAGACACGGUGCUCGGCAUGGCCACUCAGUGUGUGCAGGUGAAGAAUGUACAGAAGACAACCCCUCAGACUCUCUCCAACCUCUGUCUCAAGAUAAACGUCAAGCUAGGUGGGGUCAACAACAUCCUCCUCCCACAGGGCAGGCCCAUGGUGUUCCAGCAGCCAGUGAUCUUCCUUGGUUCAGAUGUAACUCACCCCCCUGCAGGAGAUGGAAAGAAGCCUUCCAUUGCUGCCGUGGUUGGUAGUAUGGAUGCCCAUCCCAGUCGAUAUUGUGCCACAGUGCGGGUUCAGCAGCACCGUCAGGACAUCAUCCAGGACCUGGCCAACAUGGUGAGGGAGCUGCUUAUCCAGUUCUACAAGUCGACCCGCUUCAAGCCCACCAGAAUCAUCUACUACCGAGAUGGCAUUUCCGAGGGCCAAUUCAGCCAGGUUCUCCAGCAUGAGUUGCUGGCCAUCCGUGAGGCUUGCAUCAAAUUAGAGAAGGAUUACCAGCCUGGCAUUACCUUUGUGGUUGUUCAGAAGAGACACCACACGAGACUCUUCUGCAUGGACAGAAACGAGAGGGUUGGAAAAAGUGGCAACAUUCCCGCAGGGACGACUGUAGACACCAAAAUCACACACCCCUCAGAGUUUGACUUCUACCUUUGCAGUCAUGCUGGCAUUCAGGGAACCAGCAGGCCGUCUCACUACCAUGUGCUCUGGGACGACAACCACUUCUCAUCAGAUGAACUGCAGGUCCUCACCUACCAGCUUUGCCAUACAUACGUGCGCUGCACCCGGUCCGUGUCCAUCCCAGCACCGGCCUACUACGCCCAUUUAGUGGCUUUCCGGGCCCGCUAUCACUUGGUGGACAAAGAGCACGACAGUGCUGAAGGCAGUCACACUUCAGGCCAGAGUAACGGACGCGACCACCAAGCCUUGGCCAAGGCAGUUCAGAUCCACCAAGACACCCUACGCACCAUGUACUUCGCCUGA